CUCCUGCUGGCGGCUGGUUGCUGGAACCUGUUGCUCCGCAGUUCCGUGUUGUGCAAUGGACGGGCCUGGUCUCUCUCUCUCUAAAUUAAGUUACUCUUCUUCCGAGAUGCAAUUUCAGAGAGGAUCUGAAGAGCUUUUCCCCAGCGUCUCCAGCGCCCCGUAUAUCAUGAGCACCACAGCCAAUGGCAACGACAGUAAGAAGUUCAAAGGCGACAUAAGAGGCCCCGGCGUGCCGUCCAGGGUCAUCCACAUCCGAAAGCUCCCGACUGACAUCAGUGAGGCCGAGGUCAUCAGCCUCGGUCUGCCCUUCGGAGACGUCACCAACCUGCUGAUGCUCAAAGCAAAAAACCAGGCCUUCUUAGAGAUGAACUCGGAGGAAGCGGCUCAGAACAUGGUGGGAUAUUACUCCACACUGGUGCCCAUCAUCAGGCACCACCCGGUCUACAUCCAGUUCUCUAACCACAAGGAGCUGAAGACCGACAACUCCCCCAACCAGGAGAGAGCCCAGGCAGCUCUUCGCGCCCUCACUUCCUCACAUGUGGACGGGGCUGUGUUGGCUCCCAGCACCGUGCUGAGGGUGGUGGUGGAGAACCUGAUCUACCCCGUCACACUGGACGCCCUCUGCCAGAUCUUCUCAAAGUUCGGCACGGUGCUGAGGAUCAUCGUCUUCACUAAGAACAGUCAGUUUCAGGCUCUGCUGCAGUACGCUGAAGGAGCCUCCGCCCAGUCAGCCAAACUGUCUCUGGACGGACAGAACAUCUACAACGGCUGCUGCACUCUGAGGAUCAGCUUCUCUAAACUCACCAGCCUCAACGUCAAGUACAACAACGAGAAGAGCCGCGACUUCACCAGACCAGACCUGCCCAGCGGGGACAGCCAGCCCACCAUGGAGCACCCGGGCAUGACCGCCUUCACUCCAGGAAUCAUCUCAGCCGGCCCGUACGGAGGAGCGGCCCACGGCUUCCCCCCCGCCUUCACCCUGCAGCCCACAAUGUCCUCCCACUACCCAGGUCUGGUCCCCGGGAUGCCCGGAGGCCUCGCCGCUCUCUCCCUCCCUGGAGCCUCCAGGCUGGGGUUCCCUCACAUCUCUGCAGGAGUCUCUGUCCUGCUGGUCAGCAACCUGAACCCAGAGAGAGUUACGCCCCACUGCCUCUUUAUUCUCUUCGGUGUUUAUGGCGACGUGAUGAGAGUGAAGAUCCUGUUCAACAAGAAGGAGAACGCUCUGGUUCAGAUGUCUGACUGCACACAGGCUCAGCUAGCCAUGAGCCACCUGAGUGGGCAGCAGCUUCACGGGAAGCCUCUCCGCAUCACGCCGUCCAAACACACGAGCGUUCAGCUUCCCCGUGAAGGCCACGAGGAUCAAGGCCUGACCAAAGACUACAGCAACUCUCCUCUGCACCGCUUCAAGAAGCCCGGAUCCAAAAACUACUCCAACAUCUUCCCGCCUUCUGCCACCCUUCAUCUCUCCAACAUCCCGCCGUCUGUGGUGGAGGACGACCUCAAGAUGCUGUUUUCCACAUCAGGAGCCAUGGUCAAGGCCUUCAAGUUCUUCCAGAAGGACCACAAGAUGGCUCUGAUCCAGAUGGGCUCGGUGGAGGAAGCCAUCGAGUCCCUGAUCGAGUUCCACAACCACGACCUGGGAGAAAACCACCACCUCCGAGUCUCCUUCUCCAAAUCCUCCAUCUGAGCCUCAGAGCGUCUGAACCGUGUCCACUACACUCCCAUCAUUCCUACGCACGUCUGCAAGAAACCACCGUGAAGUCUGGUGUGAUGUUAAAUUAUUUUUUUAAAACUCAUUUUUAGGUUAUUUGCCUUCAAAGAGGAUUAGGGGGCAAUUUAGGGGGGAAAAAUGGAGUUUGGGAGGAAGUCAGAAUUCUGGAUUUUUAUGUCGGACGUCGGGGAAUGAAGUCGGAAUUCUGAGUUUGUCAGAAAUAAACAGAUGUUUCGAUUAUAGUCAGGAUUUUGAUUAUAAUGGAGUUAUUAGUGCCCUUGUUGGGAAGUUUUUAACCAUUAGCCACUCUUGCCUUUUUGACUUUAAUCCUGCAAUUAAGGUGUUAAAGUUUUUUCUCCUCAACGCUGACUUCCCGACUUAAAUAACUCAGAAUUCUCCCUUAAAUCUCAGAUUUCAAGUUGUCCUUAGAUGUUCCUAAUCCUCUUCUCUAAAGUUUCCCCCUUCUAAAGUAACGCUUCUAUCUUUUAAAUUAUCUGCUCGGACAACGUUUGGGAAGUCAAGAAUUUACCCACAAGCCGUCAGAAUCUAGUCCGGCCGCGUUUAGGAAGGCCUCGUUAAGGAAGGCCUCGUUAAGGAAGGCCUCGUUAAGGAAGGCCUCGUUAAGGAAGGCCUCGUUUAGGAAGGCCUCGUUAAGGAAGGCCUCGUUUAGGAAGGCCUCGUUUAGGAAGGCCUCGUUAAGGAAGGCCUCGUUAAGGAAGGCCUCGUUUAGGAAGGCCUCGUUAAGGAAGGCCUCGUUAAGAAGGCUUAGUUCGACCUUCAUAUGAUCCCUGUGCCUUAUUCCUGGAGUCAGAAUGACCUCAACUUUGACAUGUUAAAAAAAAAUCUCCCAUCAUGCCUCUGUAAAUUGGCAACGAGCAGGUUUACAGUUGAUAAAGGUUUACUGUUAAUGUAUUACAGAUAUAUCCUUAUUUUAUGUGUAUUUUAUUGGUGUUUUUUCUUUGUUAGUGUUUUGUACUGCUGGUUACUGUAGCGUCGAACAUGUGAACGGAUUCUGUUGUAGCGGGUUUUUUUUUAGAUACUCUUUUUUUUCUCCUCUAUUCCUCUUUUGAUUUCUUUAUUUCCAUGUAUGCAAUCACGUUUUAUUCAAAUCAAAUAUUGUAGCAAUAUUUUAAUCAUUCCUGAACUUUUACUUGUUGGCUUUUCUUUUUGUCGGUGGCUCGGCGGUUCUUCUCCUGCUGCCUUUUUUUACAAUCUGACGAAUGUCGCUUUUUGUUUCUGUCGGGUUGUCUCGUCUUCUCGCUUCGCCUCUGAACGGUUUUUAUUUAUACGUUUGUGAUCCACUACAGCUGAAACCAAAAACGGCCUUUUUUAGAUGCAACAAAUCCGCCUGCCUCAGGUUUCUGGUUUUAAGGACUUAAGAAAAAUAACACACAAAGAUGGAAGCUUGUGAACUGGUUUAGGCUUUGGUGGUGUUUUCCUGUGGGAGGUUUUUAUUCAUUUCUCGACCGCUUCACUGGAUCUCUAUUGCAAACCCAGAUGUAACGUGUGAGUGCCUUCAAACGCAGCGCCGAGUCGGACAUCAGGUAUUAAUUCCUCUUUUACUCCGAGAUGAAAGUUUGACGGAGAAGAAAACCCCGCGGCCGUCACAAAUGUGCUGAAACUAGAAGGUGCUGGUUUGGUUUAUCUGUGUGUCUUAAUAUUAUUACGUCGACAUUCCAGCUGCUCAUGACGAAGAUUCCCCGUUUCACCUGAAGGUUUCCCCCUGAGGCGUGAUGCAUUCAAGGCCCCUGGGAGGUUUCAGUAGCUGAGCUUUUAAACAGUUACUGAACAGAAGUCCGGACUCAUUCCAGAGGUUCAGAGGAGGUUCCCAUACAAGAGUUAAACUGACUACGUUUAUACGCACACAAUAAUAUAAUUUAAGCCCUUUUUCUGGAUGAAGGACACUUCCCUAGCUGUUAGCAUGAAUAUUGUAUAUAAAUGUUUAACUUUUUCCAGUUAGCAUGCAGCUGUGCAUUUUCCUAAUAACUCAAAUGUUUUUUCCAACUUUUACCACCGGUUGUUGACCCUUAAAAUGUGUUGAUAUACAAUUCUUUAAUACUUUGAAAACGUACACAUACACCAAUUGCAAUUUUCCCUACAAACGUAAAAAAAAAAAAAAUGAAAUGAUAGAAAAAUAAUAAGCUUUGUUUCAAUCGUUCAACUUUGAAUGAGCCAAAUUCAAUCAAACCAAUUUAUGAAACUCCUAUUUCUGCACUGUUCCAUGGCCUUUUCAGCCUGCUCUACAGUCAAUACGCGAUGCAAACCAUUUUUAGUACAAAGGCACUAAGUCACGGCAGCAAAACAGUGAACAUUGAACCGGCAACUCUUCAGUUCCCAAGUCUAGAGACUGAGCUACUGAGCCAAUUAAGGCUCCAAAUAUCAAUACAUAAUAUCAAAUGUAAAUGGCAUGUUUUAAAACUGCAUGUAAGUGUGCAUGUUAACGUAGUAUUUAGUAUUUUUCUUGAAUAUUACCCCAUUCUGGUUUCCAUAAUGAAUUUAUUCUUUCUUUCAAUGGCCUUAAUUCAUGUCACAAAUACAAUAUGUUUCAGAAAAUCGCCGCCUGUUACAUUCCCAGUGAUUUAGUCUGUGUGUAAGAUCAUUUUCACACAGUGUGGAGGAGCUUAAACAUUCACACACACCAUCACAUCAACGCUAAUGAUGUGAGCAGCUGUUUUCUCCCAGUGGACCAAUGAAAACCUGCUGGAUGUAAAUAAUAGUUUUGUUAAUUCUUUCUGAAAUUCCUUUAGUGUUUCUGCCAGAAAAAUGAAAGACACAAUGGCAUUAAGUCCUGUAUUUUCUGACGGAUACACACCACAUUCACAGUUAUUUCCCAUGGGCCUUGAAUGCAUCACGGCCUCAGUGUGGGGGUGAGGCGGGUGAGAGGAGGAGGGCGGGGGUGUUGAGCUGUAAAUACGUGUUUUAUACCACAGUGACGUGUCAGAGCUGAUGGUGGUUUUAUAUCUGAUGUAUAUUUUGAUUCAAAGUGAGCGCCCGGUUCUGAGCCUUUCACUGUUUGUGUCACAAAACGAAAACAAGAAGCAGAUUAAAAUCACUUUUUAUCAGAAAACUCUGAAGGCACGAGUCGUCUGUUUAUAUCGAACACUGUCGAUGUUUGUAUGAUGUUGUGAUGAAAAUAAAAAGACAAGAAGAGACGAGAAGCAGAAA